CAAUAUCGAACACGAAAAAAUGUCUGCAAAACCGAAGGUACUAGUAUCACAUGGUGCAGUUGUCUGUGAUGAGUGUGAAAUAGUUGGAGACGUAACUAUUGGUGCUCGCUCUGUCAUUCAUCCAAAGGCACGAAUCAUUGCAGACGAUGGACCAAUUAUUAUUGGUGAAAAUAACAUCAUUGAAGAACUUGUCACAGUUGUCAAUAGAAAUCCAGCCGGAACAGAAGCCAAUACACAACAGGUGAUGAUCAUUGGAAAUAACAAUGUCUUUGAAGUUGGUUGUUAUGUAGAAGCAACCAAGAUCGGUGAUCACAAUGUUGUGGAAGCUAAAGCAAAAGUGGGACGACAAGUUGGUUUAACAACAGGUUGUAUAAUAGGCUCCAUGUGUUCACUGACCAGUAAUGAGACAUUACCAGAUAAUACUGUGAUCUACGGCAAGGAGUGCGAGAGGCGGGUACAGAGAGAAAGACCGCCCACCCAGAACCUACAGAUUGACUUUUUGACCAAGAUCUUGCCAAACUACCACUACAUUAAGAAGACCAAAUCCAGCACUCCACAGCAGACCAAAUCCAGCACUCCACAGCGGACGUGAUGUGUCCAAACUAAGGAAUCACAAAAUUAUACGUUAAUUAAUUGAUGAAUAUGAAUUUUACAUUCGCUAAAAAAAAAAAACAGCAACUUGUCUUUUUUAGAACAAAUCAGUGACAUAUCUGGUAUUUGUUAAAAUGAAAUUGUAAAUUCUUAGUGAAUAAUACUUAAGUCAAGAAUAACUGAAGUAAUUGAAAAAUAUGAUUACUGUUUUGUUCUGUUAUUGUCAACAUGCAAAUUGGUUUUCAUUAAUUGUGUAGCAGAUUUUGAAUAGCUUUGUGAUUCCAAGGUUUUGAAAGUGCUUUCUUUUAUUUGAAUAACAGUGCAAUAUUCUGAAUUUGUGUUAAUUGAACUUUUCCUAUGAAUGACUGGACCAUGGAUUUAUAAGCUGCUGUUGUACCUCCUGAAGUGCCGUCUCUGCUACAGUUAGAACAUCACGUUACAAGGAUCAGCCAGUUCUUGAUGUACUGGUUACAUUAUAAACUGUUAGCAAGUACUGGUAGGAAACUGUUUAAUUUAUGGAGGAAGUGUAUUCUCAGAGUAACAUAUUUUCUCUUUGCAAAGCAAUGAAUAAGUCUCUGGCAAUUGUAUUAUGAUUCUAUAAAAACCUUAUGUUAAAUGUUAUAUGAUCCUUUCAAGACUUUUUUCUGUGUUCAAGCAUUUUCAGUGUAUAUCUCCCCAACAAGAAAUUGCCAAAGAAGUAAAAGUACACUAUGGGCAAAUAGUUGCCUUAGAUAUACCAAGAUAAGAGAGACAGAAGUAUAUGUAAAUUAUAGAUUGAUAAUUAAAUAUCAAUGGAUUAAAUAUUAUGAAAGGCUAACUAAACAUCUUUUAACAUCCUUUUCCUCUGAAACCAGUACUGAUCACAAUUGAAUUUUCUCCAAGAUUGCUAUUGAACGAGUCAUGCUAUAUAGGUAUACAGUAUACAUAUAUAGAGUGAGUCAUGCUAUACAGGUAUACAGUAUACAUAUAUUGUGUGAGUCAUAGUAUUAAAUUAAUUGUAUACAGUACCAGUUAUUUAACUUAUUUUAGUAUUACAUAAAUACCCGGAAGUUGCAUGAGGAAAUAAUUCUUCAGAAACCAAUUUGUCAACAAUGUAAUCACUAAUUUGACCUCCCUUUCCCAGUAGUUUCUGAUUCAUGGUUACUAUUGUAUUCUGUACUGUACAAUGGUAUACUGAUACAAUCACACUGUUGUGGGGUGUGAUUCUCAGAAAAGGCGUGGUGUCCUUUAAACAAUUACUGUCGGAGAUAUGUAUUACUAUUGGUAAAAUUCUGAGCUUAUCAUCAAUUGAUUUUGUAUUUACACAUCUGCUGGUAUCAAUAACACUAUUGCUAGUAGCCAGUAUGCAUAUUAAUAAUUUAUUUGGGAAACAAAUCACUAAUUUUGUGUUAUGUAAAAUUUGGUAUUUAUAUUAGUACAGUAAAAGUCAUAUAUACUGAAUGAAAUAUAUGUGCUAGAAGUAAAGUCUUUGUAUUCGUUUAAUAAAUCAUGUUCAUGAAUGUAUGCGAGACUUUCAA